GUGGCUCCAGGUCGCGCGCUCAGACACUGCACAAUGUCCUCGCGCACCUGCUCAUUUUAACGGCUGACUGAAGCUAGUUUCUCUUCCUCAGAUAUCGGUGAUGUAAUGGCAAUGAGCUGAGGAUCAUAGUGUGAGUGUGGGGUGCCUGUGUGUGUAUUUGUGCGUGUGAGUGUGUGAGUGUAUGAGCCUUCUCCACAGAGAGACGGAAGCAAACAAGGAACAAAGCAAAAAACUCAGAAGCUCCUCAGGAGCCUGAAGCUGCGUUUCAGCCUGCUGGUUGACUGAUAAAACCAUGGAUUCCAGCCAAGGAGAAAUGGAAGGAAAUACAGAGGAACUUACAGGGAGAAAGAAGUCCCGGUUCAAGGUUCUGAAGACGCGACUGUUUGGCCGUCUAAAGAAGAAGGAGACUGAAGGCCAGAUGAAGCAGAGCAAGUCCACUAGUGAUGUUACUGCACAGGCUGGCAAGAGAGGUGAAGAAGAGUCAGAGGAUGAGUGUAGGUAUCCACAAGGGACAUUAAGUUCCAGAGCACUGUCCCAUGACAGCAUUUUCUUGGCCGAUCAGCCUCAAUCCAGUACAGAGCCAACAAGGGUUCUCUCACAGGAAAAUGUCCACAGCAAAAUUAAAGCCCUGCAGGUGAAGCUUCAGCAACAGAACAUGCGACUGGGUCCUCCUCCCUUACUGAUCCCCGGAAAGCGCAUUGAAGACCCUGGAACAACGUCUGAAGAUGACGGUCUACCUUGCAGCCCUCCUGAAAUGUCCUUCCAAGAGCAUCCUGAGGCAAAAAAGCAUCUCAGUUUAAUAAGCUUAUCAGGAACUGGCAGUGAAGAGGAAGACCAGGGUGGUUCCUCACAGCCCCCAUCCAGACCUCUCUCUCCAGUCUCACGAUUCACGAGUCCUCAGGCAGGGACCUCAUCACCUACAGAUCUUCUCUCACCCACUGCUGGAACAGAUUUCUGUAGCCCUGCUCAUCCAGUCACCUGCCUGGACAACUCGGCUGCUCGUCACCGCAUGUCUGUGAAGCCCAGGAAUCAACGUGCCAGCACCAAGGGGAGGAAACAGUCACUGGAUGUGUACUGUAGUCGAUCUAACAGCAUGAACAAUUUGGACCAGCCUCUACCAGAAAGGGAAGAAGCACCAGAAGAUGUGACCUCUGCAGAGUUUGUUCACCACCAGUCCAGCUACAACUCCUCUCAAGAAAUGAAUCUAGAACGGGAACCAUCCUCUCCAGUUUCUGUCUCAGCUCCUGCUAUUGUAACACUACAAGACCAACAAGAAAUCAUGUUAUUGGAUGUGGGUCCACUAAACAAAGGUGAUGAGGUGCCAAAGUCUGGUGAGCCAUUGGAAACUGACCAUUUAGAAGGAGAUGCAAAGGAACAAACUGCUAAUGUUCAAGCUGACAGUAACAAAGAGGCCAAAAAUCAGCCUAAUCCAGUUCUAAACAUAGUGACUGAGUGCAGUGAGAGUACAACACAUAGGUCUUAUACCAUGGAUCAAAUGGAGGUGCUGAAAAAGGACGCAGAACCCUUGGCUAGAUCCCAUCCAGUUCCUGCACCACGAUCCAAAAAGCCCACUGUGGAUAACAGACAUAACACCCCCCUGAAAACAUCCAGUCCGAGACCUACAGAGGUUGAAAAGGAGACAGUUAUUCCUGAGAUAAGCUGCAGGAACACACCACUUUCCAAAGGCCUGGACGUAUCUUCAAGCGAAAGCAUUAGUAAACCACUAAGACCCAACUCUUUUCGGUUUUCCAUUGCAUCUGCGAAAUAUCGUUCCAAGACGAUAUCCAUCGAGAACGUGUCUAAACAAGAUGAAGAUGGCUCACCUAAAAGUCAGAACAUGGAACUCCCAGUGGAAAAAGUUGAGGAGGUUCACAACAGCGGUCUUUCGACUCUCGAAAAAAGAAGCAGUUUGCAAAGAGAGCUAAUACCCCAGAAUGUCUCCAAGACCGACAGAGCGGGAGGAGUCAAACCUGAGAAGUCUGAAGGACUAUCACAAAUCACAUUUCACGAAAAGAGUGAAAAAGCAGAGGAAUCUGAACAGAGAAAAGGCCUAUUUGGCGUAAAGCUCCGAUCCACAUCUUUAUCUCUAAAAUAUCGCUCCGAUGUGGCUAAAUCAGAGGACAAGGCAAAGCGGCAUAGUCUAGAAGCACAUCAUUUGCUGGCAGUUUCUGAAGACCAUGCUGGAAAGCAACCAGCUCCCAGAGACACAGAAGAAGUCAAUAAAGAGAAAGAAAGAAAACCAAAUGUUCCCAUAAAUGUCACACCGCAGAACUCUGACCUUCAGCAGGAUCCAACUGCAGAUAGAGGCUCAGACAAAGAGAUAAACAGCGGGUCAGAACCAGCAUGGAUGAGUCUUGUCCGGGAGAAAACUAGAGCCCACCAGCCCUCCUCUUCCAAACCCUCCACACAGCCAGACCCACCACCACAAAAUGUUACAUCUUCACCUGCGUCACUUUCAUCUUCAAUUCAGCAACCACCAAAACCAACCCCACAGCCAAGACCACCCUUGCGGUCCACCAAGUCCCAGCUUAGAACAUGCUUCAGCACGGAGCUACAGCCAGACAACGACACCACAAUACAGCAAACUCCACCCAAACCAGCUCCAAGGGCAAUUAAUGAAAGACGAGCGCUGGCCAAUCAGGGAGGAGAAAAGAGCAACGGGAGCAAAUCAGCAAGCGGAGCAGAAAUUGUGGAUGCAAAGGGACUACCGAAACCUGGAGUCAGGAUGCAGACAGAUCCUGAUGUUCACAGGAGGACCCCAACAACAGUGCUUACCAACAAAACUGAGCCUCCGCCAUCUUCAGCAGCAGCAGCAGCAGUAGCAGCAGCAGCAUCACUCUCCCAUCAACAGUCCUUAUUGGAAAGAAAUCAGCCAUCUUGGAUGGAGCUCGCAAAGAGGAAGUCUUUGGCGUGGAGUGACAUGAGUUUGGAUUAAAUACAGACAGUAAAGAGAGAGAAAUGCAUCAAUGUGUAAAUGAAGUCAAAGGACAAUCAUGGACAAUCAACAGAGAUCUUUUUUUGUAGAUAUGCUAGAUCUGCAGAUAGAACACUGUACAUGUUUAAAACAAAAUGAUAAAUGGUAAAAUGAUGAGCAUCAUUUUGAGAUUUUCUCUUACUUCAUAGAGUUAUAUCUUGUCGUGUUUUUUAUGCAUUCUUUCUACAGUGUACUACCUUUUUACUGUAGCCACAUUUUCCCAAAAUAAAAUACACAUAAUACACUACA